AAAAAAAAAAGAGCUUCUAAGGAUCGUGUCUGUGAGUCAGGAUUUCCAGUCUAGAGACAAUGGCCCUCACGGGAUGGAGCCCAAAGAUGUCGUCAGGAGUAACUGUAAUGAGAGUGUAGACAGCUUUGAUGACAUGAACCUCUCCGAGUCCGUUCUCCCGGGCAUCUGUGCCCUAUGGUUUUGAGAAACCCUCUGCCAUUCAAUAGCAGUGAGCCCUUCUACCUUGUAUCAAGGGUUAUGAUUACGCUCAAGCAUAAUCUGGGACUGGGAAAACUGUCACAUUUUCCAUAUUGAUUCUGCAGCAGAUUGAAUUAGCUCUAAAGGCCACCCAGGCCUUGACCUGGCCCCCACUCGAGAAUUGGCUCAGCAGAUACAGAAGGUGGUCAUGGCACUAGAAGACUACAUGGGUGCCUCCUGUCACCGCUGUAUUGGGGACAUCAACAUGCAUGCUGAGGUGCAGAAACUGCAGAUGGAAGCUCCCCAUAUCAUCGUGGGUACCCCUGGCUGUGAGUCUGAUAUGCUUACCUGGAGAUACCUAUCUCCCGAAUACAUCACGAUGUUUGCAUUGGACGAAGCUGAACACAUGUUAAGCCGUGGAUUCAAGGACCAGAUCUAUGACAUGUUCCAAAAGCUCAGCAGCAACACGCAGAUAGUUUUGCUGUCAGCCACAAUGCCUUCUGAUGUGCUUGAGGUGACCAAGAAGUUCGUGAGGGACCCCAAUUGGAUUCUUGUCAAGAACGAAGAGUUGGCUGAGUGUGGUGGCUCAUGCCUGUAAUCUCAGCACUUUAGGAGGCAGAGGCAGGCAGAUCAUGAGGUCAAAAGAUUGAGACCAUCCUGGUCAAUAUGGUGACACCCCAUCUCUACUGAAAAUACAGAAAUUAACUGGGCGUGGUGGCAUGCACCUGUAGUCCCAGCUACUUGGGAGGCUGAGGCAGGAGAAUCGCUUGAACCGGGGAGGCAGAGGUUGCGGCAAGCUGAGACCGUGCCACUACAAUCCAGCCUGGUGACAGAGCAACACUCUGUCUCAAAAAAAAAAAAAAGAUGGAAGAGUUGGCCCUGGAGGGUAUCUGCCAAUUCUACAACAAUAUGGAACGAGAGGAGUUGAAGCUGGUUGCCGGACCCACUGUGUGUGAGUUGCAUGAAACCCUGACCAUCAGCCAGGCAGUCACCUUCAUCCGUACCCAAAGGAAGGUGGACUGGCUUGCUGAGAAGGUGCAUGCUCGAGAUUUCACUAUCUCACUCUCUCUGCCAUGCAGGGAGAUACGGACCAAAAGGAAUGAGAUGUGAUCGGAAGGGAGUUUGGUUCUGGCUCUAGCAGAGUUUCAGUACUGCUGACCUGCUGGCUGGAGCCAUUGAUGUGCAGCACAUUUCUUUCUUUCUUUUUUUUUUUUAAUUUUGUAUUGCAUUUUAGG